AUGUGUAUUCUGCUUGCGACCACUGAUCAUCCAGACUAUAAACUAAUACUUAUCUCUAAUAGGGACGAAUUUUAUGAGCGGCGGACUCAUGUCACAUGUUGGCAUCAAGAUGGGGUUAUAUUGGCUCCUUACGACAUUUCUAAUAGCGAAAAUGCCAGUGAUGCAUCAAAAGCUGAGCUCUCUUAUGGGACAUGGCUGGGUAUUAAUCGGGUAGGGCAUGUUUCAGUCCUUUUGAACUUAAAGGAAGUGAGUGAGGCGGUGAAUCCAGGUGCUGGUAAUCGUAAAUCGAGAGGUAAUGUGACUGUGGCUUUCCUUCGAGACUUGAGUAAUGGGAAUUGGGACAAGUGGAAUAACUAUGAGAAGUUUAGUGAACAUUUCGCUGCAUUAGAUGAUACUCAGUCAUUUACUUUAUUCUACGGGGAUAUCAAAACGGGUGAUUUUGGUUUAAUUGAUUCUUAUAAACGGUCAAUGAAUCCAUUUUCUAGUAAACAGCCAUACGUUGUUAUCUCAAAUAGCCGGGUUAACUGUGAAGAUGAGGGGCCUCGAUGGAAAAAGGUUGUCGAAGGUGAACAGUUGCUCAAGGAACUUGUAAAGGGUAACUUGAAUGUGUCGAAAGAGCAUUUACUUCAAAAGUGCUUUGAAUUAGCAGGAACGUCACAGUUCGAUGUCAAUGGGGUGAUUCAAGUAACAGACACCUCCCUUCCUGAGAAAACUAUCUUUGUUCCGACACUCAAGGCUGCUGGUAAUAGUAGUAUGGGUGUGUCGAAGAUUGUUGGUGAAUAUUAUGGUACCAGGACUACUAUUGUAAUUCUAGUAGACAACUUCAACCAUGUUACAAUGCAUGAGCAUGUUAUUCAUGAUUCUGACAAAGAUAUAGGUCUAAGUUCAGCUAUGAAUCCAAAAACAAAAGUUGCAUAUGAAUUUGAUAUUCAAUAA